GAGGAGGCGGAGCAGCAGAAGAAGCAGCAGCAGCCCUGAGGGGAAGCCAGGCUAGGCCCAAAAGCCCAGGAGGACGGAAAGAGAAAGAGGCGGGCGGGCAGGCCGGGCCCAGCCAUGGACAAUCAGUGCACGGUCCAGGUGAAGUUGGAGCUGGGGCACCGCGCCCAGCUACGGAAGAAGCCCACCACCGAGGGGUUCACCCAUGACUGGAUGGUGUUUGUGCGUGGCCCAGAACAAUUCGAGAUCCAGCACUUUGUGGAGAGGGUGGUCUUCCGGUUGCAUCAGAGCUUCCCUAAACCGAAACGUGUUUGCAAAGAACCUCCUUAUAAGGUGGAGGAGUCUGGCUAUGCUGGCUUCAUUAUGCCCAUUGAAGUCCACUUCAAAAAUAAGGAGGAACCGAAGAAAGUUUGCUUCACCUACGAUCUUUUCUUGAACUUGGAGGGGAAUCCGCCCGUCAACCACCUGCGCUGUGAGAAGCUGACCUUCAACAACCCCACCAAGGAAUUCCGCCGAAAACUAAUCAGGGCUGGUGGGGUGGUGGUAAUGCCAGAAGGUGCCGAAACAGUGUCCAGGCCCAGUCCUGACUACCCCAUGUUGCCCACGAUACCGCUCUCUGCCUUCUCUGAUCCGAAAAAGACCAAACCGCCCCAUGGGUCAAAGGAGGCCAACAAAGAUGGCAGCAAAGCUUCCAAGCCACACAAGGUCACCCGAGAGCAUCGCGAGAGGCCCAGGAAAGACUCGGAGAGCAAAAACUCCUCCAGAGAUCUUGAAAGGGAGCCAGGUAAACCUGUCAAGGACUCCUCCAGGAAACCCACUGAGAACAAGGUGCCCAAGGAGGAGAAGGCCCUCCCAAAAGCUGCUUUCAAGGAGCCCAAGCUGGCCCUGAAGGAGCCCAAGCUGGAGAACACGUCGCCAAAGGGUGGUCCUCCUCCACCGCCAGAGAUGAAGCCUUCCAGCAAAAGGCCCUCCGCGGUGGAGUCUCCGAAACCCAGCGCUAAGAAGCCGAAGAAGAGCAGCUCCAAAGGAGCCAAGACCGUCCCGGCAACGUCCCCUCGGACUUCGUCUUACGCCGAGAAGAAGCCAGCCAAGGAGAAGCCAAGCGCCAAAGUGGAAAAGAUGAAAACGGAGAGCGAGACCAAGGCGAUAAAAAAACCCAUGGAGGUGGCGGUGGCAGAGGACUCCAAUUCUGAGGACGAAGCUUCUCUGAAGUCAGAGUCUGCCCCAUCCAGCCCUUCCAACUCCAGCUCCAGCUCCGACUCCAGCUCUGACUCUGAUUUCGAGCCAUCUCAGAACCACAGCCAAGGGCCUCUGCGCUCCAUGGUCGAGGACUUGCAGUCGGAAGAGUCUGACGAUGAUGACAGUUCUUCUGGGGACGAGACGGCGGUCAAGGCGGCUCCCAUCAGCAGGGAUGCCAGACUCAGCCACAGCGAUAGCGACAGUGACAACAGUGAGGACUCCUGCCUUCCGAGUCGGGAGCCUCCUCCCAGCCAGAAACUACCCCCCUCUAACAAUAAGGUAACUGGGAGGAAGAGUCCAGAGUCCUGCAGCAAGCCAGAAAAGAUUCUGAAGAAAGGGACCUAUGACAAGGCCUACACGGAUGAGUUGGUGGAACUUCAUCGGAGGCUGAUGGCUUUACGGGAACGAAAUGUGCUUCAGCAGAUUGUAAAUCUCAUUGAGGAAACCGGACAUUUCAAUGUCACCAACACAACCUUCGACUUUGACUUGUUCUCCUUGGACGAAACGACCGUCCGCAAGCUGCAGAGCUACCUGGAGGCCGUGGCCACGUGACGCUUGGCUUCUGACUGAAGCGGGACGCUUUUUUUUGAAACCAGAAUCCCCGUCUCUUCGGUACCAGGAAAUGGACUCGUGGACCUUGGCCGCCGCCUUAUCCUCUCGAUUCACCUGAAGCACUGCCUUAGGGAUCAGCCACGCUCUAGGAACACGCCGCUGCUGCUGCUGCUGCCGCCGCCGCCGCUUCUGCCGCCGCCACCAGCCACGCUCCUCCUCUUGGGCUUCGCUCGCCCUUGGCGGGCCUGUCCUCCUUCGCUUCGGAAGCUUUGCUUGGAACUGGUAGAGUAAAAGCUGCGCUGGUCCUAGCCGCGACACCGCGCUCUCCUUGGUUGUUUGGUUGUUGCUGUUUUUUUUAAAUUCCGGCUUUUUAAAUUUUAGAACGAGAUUCUCUUA